AUGCCUGGUGCAGCCUCGCCCACAAAGCUCCCCACAAGCAAUGGCAGGGGUACUCCAAGCAAGCUCUCGCGGCCCUUCCUCCAUCCCACCAUAUCCCGGCUUCGCUCGACUACACCACAGGCGUCUCGAGUGCCUUCAUCGGCGAGCGUGGGUACGCUGUUCUCCCAUGCACCUGAGGGCGCCUCGGAGAGCCCAUCGCACUUCUCCGCGCUGUCAAGAUCGUCUUCCGCGACCCAUAUUGCUGCUAAUGGAGUGAAUGGCAAGAGCAACGCGACCUCCGAGACGCGCGAGGUCUUCAGGUGGACGCAGUUGAAGACCAUCGGCGACUUCCUCUUCACGACACAAUCCCAGAAGGUCGCGUCUUUGCUGGGCACCGAGAAUAUUGGCUCGCCCACUGUCAUGGCCGCGAAUGGACUCAUUUGCGUUGGGACGGACACAGGGAAAGUGGUGGUCUUUGACUUCAAGCAGAACUUGAAAUGUAUCUGCGGUGCAGAAGGUCAAGCAGACAAGACAGUUGGGCCCGUCACAGCGGUAGCUUUAUCAUUCGACCAUACGUUCGUAGCCACGGGGCAUACCAAUGGCCACAUACAGCUGUUCGACCUGAAUAGUCCGAAGACUCCUGCGCGUUCUGUUCCACCCACUACUCUGGCAGAAGUAGCCGCGGGACGACAGGAAGGCCACUUGACAGGUUCAAGAAUCGUCAGCAUAGGUUUCGUUGCUGGAAGGCAUACCGCAAUAGUCUCUGCGGACGACAGCGGCCUCUCGUUCUAUCACAGCUUGGGAAAGGUAUUCUUCAUGGACGCGUCGGACACACUUCGUCUGCUGGGCAAGUACCCGGAAGACGGCCUUGGACCUGGUCCAUCUGGUCGUAACGGAGCACAUCACUUCCGCCGUCGAAAGCCCCGCAAGGGCAACUCACUUCUUGCCAUGGCUCCCCUCCCACUUGGCACAGCAUCACAUCCCACAGAUCAAUACAACCUCAUCGCGCUUCUCACACCGAUCAAGCUGGUGAUCGUCGGCUUGAAGCCUUCACCGAGGACGUGGUACCGACGUCACCGCGAGAACGAGGAUACCACAUCUCGAUCGCGGUUCAAAGGUACUCUUGCUUGGUACCCAAGCGUGGUACCAGGAGGUGACGCAGCGGCUGAGUUGACAAGCAAGAAGGACCAGGCUCAUGGUAAUGGUAUCCACUCGUCGACAACACCAGUACUGGUCUAUUCCUGGGCAGACACCUUGUACAUGCUGCGGGUCUCGGAAACGAAGGUCCCACAGCAGGUGCGUAAUGCGAGAACAGGCAAGGUGACCAUGACAGAAGUCGGGAGAGUCACCUUCGAAGAAGGCGGUCACUGGACAGCCGGCGGUGAUGUCUUGGCGCUGCAAUGGCUGAACGUCAAUCAAGUUGUCGUCCUCACUGUUGAUGCAUUGGAAGUAUAUGACGUCCGUUCGCGCAAGCUCGUAGAACAAGCUUCCUUCGACGCCAGAUCAUUGGUCUCCCCGAUAUUGGGACAUACGAUCAACAGCAGUGUUUCGUAUCCUGACGCAGUAAUGGAGGUAUCGCAUAGUGUCAGAGUGUAUAAGGGCAAGAUCUUCACCUUGGGUCAACAUGACGUUCAGGUCGGCACCCUAUUGACAUGGGCAGAUCGAAUACUCUCUUUCGUUCAGAGGGGCGACUUUUUGAGCGCCAUCGAGCUCACACGCGCGUACUACGUAGGCCAAUCGCUGGGAAAUCGGAAUGGUCUCCCAGAGCCUCCAGAGCAGCUCCAGAAGGUCGUCGGCGAGAAGAUGCACGAGCUCAUGGUCGCGUCUGCUCGUUACGCAUUCUCGGAGGACCGUUUGACGGACGGUACACUUGCUGGCCUGGACGGGCGCGGCGUCGAUCAAACUUCGCUAUUCGAAGGCCUGGUCAAGGUUUGCAUCCGUGCAUGCAUGGCGCUCGACGACUACGACUUCCUCUACGAGGAUCUCUUCCAGUAUUACGACGACACGCGCAUCACGCGCAUCUUCUUGUCUCAGUUGGAGCCUUUCAUCAUCGACGGAAACCUGCACUACGUGCCUCCUCGUAUCACCCAGCGACUUAUCGCGGUUCACGACGAGGACGGUCGACCAGACCUUGUCGAGAGGUUGAUUUGGCAUAUUGACCCGGAAUGCCUUGAUGUCAACCAAGCCAUCACCCUAUGCCAACGACACGGCCUCUACGAUGCAUUGCUCUACGUCUUCACGAGGGCCAUGAGGGAUUAUGAGGCCCCACUAGUUGUGCUACUCGAUCUCAUCAGACAAGUACAACAGUAUCGAAGAGCGCGUGAGGAGGGGUUGACCUUUGGACCAUAUACCGAUGACGACGCGAUAGAGCCUGUCGUGCUGAACGCAUACAAGGUCUAUCCGUACCUGGGCAAUAUCCUCGCUGGCCUCGCGUACCCUUCCGCAGAACCCCUACCCUCGGAGGAGGCCGACCAGGCAAGGCACAUCGUUUAUCGUUUCUUGAUGUCAGGUCAAUCGCGUGUGUGGCCACAGGGAGAAGGCGGGAAACUGGUGCUCACGGCCGAUGAAGAGAAUGGUGUCGAGCCCACCUAUCCGUACGCCCGGCUCCUGCUUCGCUUUGACCCGGAGGCGUUCCUACACACCCUCGAUCUGGCAUUCGAGGACGGGUACCUCAGUGACCGCGACAGUCCGCGAGGCGCCACACGCCUGCUCAUGGUCAAGAUCUUGCUGGAAAUCGCGUCGUCUGGGGAUCUUACACAGGAUGCUGUGACCUUCGUCAACAUCUUCAUCGCGAGGAACGUGCCGAAGUAUCCCCAGUUCCUGCAGAUGCCUCCGACAACUCUACACAGUAUCGUCAUCGGCUUGGCCGAGGAUCCUGACCGCAGUACGCAAGAAGAUCGGCAGCUGGCAGCAGAACAUCUUCUGUCCGACUACACUCCUCACGAGACCAACCGUAUCAUCGCCCUCUUCGAGAAGGCCGGAUUCUACCGCAUCUUGCGUUCAUGGUACCGCCAGGAGCGCAAGUGGCCUCCUUUACUUCUAACUUAUAUUCAUGACCGUAACUUAUCAACCCCGGAGGUCCUCGGCUCUCUAGACGACGUCUUGACCUUGGUGAAGCGCCUUCACAAGGGCACACUUCCUCCGGAAAUACUGACGACUGUUACCGACUGCUUGUCUCUAUUGCUGGAGCGCGGAGUAGUGCAAACAGCUGCUCUACUCGAUACCCACAUUCCCAGUCUGCAUGAGACCGCGAUGAACCGCCUUCAGGACCAUCCGGAUUCCGCCAAGUUCGCUUAUCUAAAGUUCCUACUCGGGCCCCCACAGGAAGGCGACGAUGACGGAGUCGCGGUACGCAAGGGCGGUCCAUCCCCUCACAUUCCCUCCGAUCUGCGCCGCACGUAUCUGACAUUACACUGUCGCUUGGACCCUGCCGGGGUGAUCGCUGCUCUAUGUUACCUCCCGGCGGAACUGCUGGAUACAGAAGAUGCGGCCAGGAUAUGCGAGGAGCAUGCAAUUUACGAUGCCGUGGUCUGGGUACUGGAUCACCAAGGCGUCCCCUUAGUGGCCCUCUCGAAGGCGGAAUCUUUCGAGAAUCAGCUCUCAGCACGUCUCGCAGACACCUUGGUGCAGUACGACUCCGCGUCAGAAGAGAGUGUUCAGGAAGUCCUCGCUGCCCUCGACGCAGUGGGACAGCGAGCUGUCGCGAUGUGUUUGGAGCACUCCCAGUCUUCCCAGGACGUCCCUCUGGAGGAUAUCUGGUACCAUCUCCUGAAGAGCCAGAUCGAUACCGUACAGCGUGUGGCGGCCUGCUGUAUGGGAGCAGCGCCCGAUGCUACCGAUGCGGACACGGAUCGCACCAAGCAGUACGAGCUGCAGCAGGCCACCCUAUCCUCUCUACGCAAAUCGAUGCAAAGCGCAUUCACCGCCUUGAUGUCCAUCAGCUCUGCGAAGGGCUUGUCACUCCCACGUCUGUUCAAGAGGUUGCUCACGACUGCGUCACAAAAUUCUGUGUCCAAGCCCACCCUCUACGCCGAGUUCCGCACACUCUUCACGGGAAUGCUGGAGUCCUAUCGCUCCGACGGGGAUAUGCUCAUAAUCACCAAGCACCUUGUGGGGCGCGAUCUAUUCACGAACGUAGAGGAGUUCACGCAGGAGCGAUUACGGGGUUGGAGGCCGUCUCAGGGGAGGUGUCAGACAUGCAAGGAGUGGCUUGUCGACAACAAGACUUCCUCCGCGGCAGAGCAGGACGAUCGGACAGGCGUUUCAAUAAUUGUAUCACGGACCGGAGCACUAUACCACCAGUCAUGCUUACCACCUACUCACCAGGAUAAUAUAGCCGUACAUUAG